AUGAGUGGGACAACUCUCAAAAGAAUGUCUGCUGAAACAGAGGAAUUGAAGACAAUAAAGGAAACAUUGUCCGAUUUGAAGCGCAUGGUGGAUGCUCAGUCUCUUACCGAAAGAGCCAGUAAAAUGAUCCACCUCUCAAUUCCAAAGAUAAUGAUUCAAAGAAAGCCAAAAUCACCCACAAAAGAGAACGAAGAGGUACAAACUGAGCAUCACGACACAAUUUCAACUGGAAUCUGCAUUCAACUAACGCCUCCAUCUCCGGAUAAGAGGAGAAAGGUUGAUAUCGGGGGGACAAUGCUUGACUCUAUGUUCUCCUUUCGAAAUAGCAAAGUGAAUGAAGUGAAUCGAGAAGACCACCAAGCAACGAUAAAGAUGGAAAUUGAAGAUGAGUCAAAACUGUUUCAAGAGUCUUCAACUGUGAGUGAAGUGAAUACGAUGAAGGACUCCGUGGAUUCUGAAGCUUUACGUUCAAACCCCUUGGCUCAUCCCGUGGAGAGUCGUGCUAUUCCACCUUCCAAUCCAGAUAUUCCACAGAAACAAUCUAUGGAGGCAGUCGAUACCAGUGCAUUGAAUGCAACUAUCGAUGCAAAUCUGGAAAAAGAGGCUUGUGCAUCAGUUCCUGAUGAGUGUAAGGAAGCCAAGCAAGCUGUUGAGGAGAAGAUUGAAUUGGAAAACAUAAAUAAAGUUGAUUGUCCGCAAGAUGAAAAUAAGCAACAAUCAAUUGGUGGCAGCAAUGGGAAUGUGAUAUCUGCUGAAUCAGAUCAAACUGAGAGUAGUGAAAAAGUACCUCAAUGUGAAGAAACUGCUCCAAACAAUGAAUUGAACUCGUUCCAACCUGAUCAAGUGAUUGGUUCUGCUGGUUGUGAUCAGAUUCUUCCUGAGCAGCCACUAGAUAACCUGCCAAGCAAAAUGGAAGAAACGAAAGAAGAUAGUGUGGUCAAUGAGGCAAAAGAGAUUAAUGGAUCUACUGUAAUUAUUGAGACAAUAGAGGCUAAUGAAACUAAAGAAACGACUGAAACUAGAGAGAUUGCUGAGAUUACUGAAUCAAAUGAGACAAAUGAAACUACUGAAACAAGGAAUAAAGCAAGUGAAACGAAUGAGUCAAAUGAAUCAAAUGAGAGUGUUGAGUCAAAUGAGACUGCUGUAACUUCUGAAACUAAAGAGAUUAUAGAGAUUGCUGAAACUGCUGAAACUGCUGAGACAAAUGAAUCAAAGGAGACUGCUGAGACUACUGAGACAUUUGAGACAAAUGGAACUACUGAUACAGUCGAUCAAACAAUUGAAACAAGCGAUAAAGCAAAUGAAACAAAUGAGUCAAAUGAACCAAACAUAGAAAACAAAGCAACUGAAGUAACUGAAACAAUUGAAAUGAAUGAAGCAAAUGAAACUACUGAAACAAAGAUAGAAUGUGAAGGAGAGCAAAAUAUCAGCAUAGAACCUCAAUCAUUAACUCGAGAAAAUAACUCUCAAUCGAAUCAGUCGAAUGAAGAAAGCGACAAAUCUGUUAGUAACAUUACAUUGAAUGCUUUGGAAACAACGAAGAGUGAAUUCAUCGAGUGUGAACCAUGUGCCACAUCAGUGAAUUCAAGUAGUGAAAUUGAAAUCACUGUAACGAGUAAUCCAAAAUUGAAUGAGCCAAGCAGCACUACUGAUAAUUCCUCUUCAACGGUGAACGUAACAGAUUCGGUCCAUUUGGAGAUCUCACAAGUGUUUUCUCAAUCGCCAUUGAAGAUUGAGGAAGAAAACAAACCCGAUAUGGAAAUUGAAGAAGCUGAGAAGGAUAAUGUGAAUAGUGAGAAGGAAGAGACGGCAAAGAAGGAAGUCGAAUCAGCAAUGGAGAUAGAAGAGGGGCAUGCUGAUUCUUCCUCUUCGAUAGAGUCAAACAAAAUGGAAGAAGAAAAUAGAAUUGAAGUGGAGGAAAGGGAUCAGCAGGAUGAUGUGAACAAUAAUCCCAUGGAGAAACCGUCCGAGAUUGAAUCGAUCAGCGAAGUGAAAUCCAACGAUAAGAUCCAAAGUGAUAUUGCUCAUGAUUCUACUUGUUAUCUUGAACCAAAACAAAUCGAUGAAUCGGUUGUAGAAAGUGGAGUCAUUGACAAAAAGGAAGUGAAAUGUUCCGAUGGAGAACCGAUUUCUGCUUCGCCGACUGUUGUUUUGUCUGCGAAGGAUGCAACCAAGUCUCCUACAAAAGAAAUAUUGGAACCGCAAAGGGAAGAUGAGAAAACAGUCGAUUUGAAACCAGAAAUUGAUUCUCCCGUCCAAACCAAAUCAAAUGAGUCAACCGAAAUCAAAGAAACGAUCGACUCUUCUAUUCAGAAUGAGCAGAAUGAGCCAAGUGAUGAUAUCACAACAAUCGAUUCUCCAAUUCAGUCUGAAUCUAAAGGUCCAAAUCAUUCACUUUCCAUUAAGUCAACCGAAAUCAAGGCAACGACUGAAUCUCCCAUUCCCUCUCAAUUGAUCGAUUCCCACCCUCGAAAUUCACAAGUUUCCAACCAAACUGCUUUGGCUUCUUCUCCGCAGAGUUCUUCGGAUGAUUGCUUACCUCCGAUGCCCACUUCGCCUCCCGCGAAUCAACAGUCCAUCACCCAUUUCUUCCCAGUAACAAAGAAUCAUUCGCCAAUCUCGCACCGAACCACCCAGAAGGAUCACGCUCCAAUCUCUCAACCAACCGCUUUGAAUUCAUCCUCCGCUGAUUCUCCGAUUUGUUCACAUCCUUCACCUCUCCCUCGUUCUUCCUCCACGUCCAACAAGAACGAUCAUCUCCAGUCAGCCUCACCACUGCCAUCAAAUCAAUCGCCUUCUGAACCUUCGUCUUCCCCCGACGCAAUCAAUUCAAUUCCUUUGUCCUCUCCGACUCAAUCCAAACCAUCCAACUCAUUCCCUUCGGCUCCUUUCAAACCUCCACGGUCCAUCGAACCCUCUUCCUCCCAUCUACCACCCACUUCUUUGAAUUCUCCAUCUCCCAUCCCGCCUCAGCUAACCUCCGUGAAAAACCUUCCCCUCUCUCUCGAGUCCAAAAUGAAUUCCAUUCUCAACCAACUCGACAGCCAGCUCUCCAGUUGCCAUCAGCCUUACCGUCCUGUUUCUCGUCAACCCACACCUCCACCGCUUCCACCUCCUUCGCUUCCCAUCUCCCGCUUAGUCUUUGUUUACAUCUCCAAUCGAGGCUGUGCCGUUGGGCUUGUUCCUCACUUUAAUCUCCAGGAUCGGAUUCGAUUGCUGAUUAGUUACAUUCUGCACACUCCCUCGCUGCUUCGCCAUCAUCCCGUUUUGACCAGCUCGAUGCUUCCCGUACCGGAGUUCCUAUCGUACAUGAAAGAAAAACAGCUGCCAUCGAUCGUGAUUCCGAUCUUAGAGAUUGUCGUGGAUGGCUCUUCCCUGCUGCUUCUCAACGACGAAUCCAUUUUUAAGUCGGUUUGUUUCGUUCGGUUGACGUUAGCUUUCUACUGA